AUGUCGCGUGCGAGGGUCUAUUGCCCGCAAAAUGGCGACGACAUCCCAGCCCCCCUGCGGUUUACCUCGCACCAUAACCUGGUCUAUCGCCUGGUCCUCUCGACGCUGACCGGCCGCACUGUGCACAUCUCGCAAAUUCGCUCGUCAUCGCCCACGAAUCCCGGCCUGGCGCCGCACGAGAUUUCUUUCUUGCGUCUGCUCGAAGCUGUGACCAAUGGCUCUCAAAUGGAAAUUUCCUACACCGGUACUAUCCUCGUGUACAAGCCUGGUUUGAUCACCGGCAGCGCGGCUGGUGUCGGCGCCAGCGGCGGCGUGAUUCAACAUGAGCUUCCGUCGAACUGCAAUCGAGGAUUGAGUUACUACUUGAUCCCUCUGUGUCUGCUGGCACCCUUCUCCAAAGCACCCCUGAAGGUCCUGUUCACUGGACCCGGCGUGAUCACCUCCUCGACCCCGACGGGUGACAUGUCCGUCGACAGCGUGCGCACGGCCAUUCUCCCGCUGUACAACCAAUUCGGCAUGUUCAACAACGUCGAGCUCCGCAUCCUGCGACGGUCCAACCCCGGGCCCAACGGCAGAGGUGGUGGCGGUGAGGUCCAGUUUACCUUUGGCCACCAGAUCCGCCUGCCCAAGACCCUGCACUGGAUGAAUCCGGGCCGCAUCAAGCGCGUCCGCGGUGUCGCAUACUCGGUCGGCGUGUCCGGCUCCAACAACGCCCGCAUGAUCGAGUCUGCCCGUGGCAUCCUCAACCCGCUCAGCCCGGAUACCUACAUCUUCUCCGACGUCUCGUCGGCCCCUCUUGUGCCCGCUCCGGACAAGAACAACCCCAACGCGAAGAAAAAGAUCGGCCUCGGCUUUGGUUUGUCCCUCGUUGCCGAGUCCUCCACGGGCUGCCUCUUCUCUGCCGACGUCGCUUCCCCGCCGUCUGGCGGCGAAGCCCCUGAGGACAUUGGGAAGAAGUGCGCCUUCCAACUGCUCGAAACCAUCUCUAAGGGCGGAUGUGUGCCCCCGGCUGCGGUGACCACCAUGCUGACUCUCAUGACUAUGGGCUCGGAAGAUGUGGGCCGUCUGCAGGUCGGUCGUGAGGUCAUCGCCGACCCCAAUAUGAUCCAGCUGGCCCGCGAUCUGGCCAAAUUCGGUGCUCCGGGAUGGGGUAUUCGUGACGCAGCUGGUGAGAACGAGGAUGGCGAUGUCAUUAUCAGCGUUGUUGGUCGUGGAAUCGGCAAUGUCGGCAGGAAGGUUGCUUAA